CCUCCUCUUAAUUCCUCGCAUCUCAACGUUAACUGCUAUUUCACUACACUACUAUCACUGAUUCUUUCCCUUGCACAUACCUCAAGUGCUUUUGCCUCUAAUUGCUGGACUUUUGAACCAUGAAAUAUCACAAGAUACUAUUUUAACUAUUUAAAAAAUUAUCUAUGGCUCACUUGGUUUACUGUUCACGUCUCACUGCUAGUCCCGUCUGCAUAAGCUAUACUUCAUCAUGUAUUAUAUAGGCUACACCAUUAUAGUUAAAUUUGGGGCAUAUCUUGUGAUUAUACUUUUUAAUUUUGAUGUCUACAAAUUAUCGGAAAAUCAGCUGAAGCUUUUAUUUUCAGGCGUAUUCUGUGGGAAGGGCUUUGACUUUGAAGUUGAAGGAGCUCAUACCACGACAAAUGUUUAAAGUACCAAUUCAAGCAUGUAUAGGAUCAAAAGUGAUUGCCAGCGAAGCGAUAUCUGCAAUACGGAAGGAUGUACUAGCCAAAUGCUACGGUGGUGAUAUUACAAGAAAAAAGAAAUUGCUUAAGAAACAGGCUGAAGGAAAGAAAAGGAUGAAGUCUAUUGGUAAAGUUGAUGUUCCCCAAGAAGCUUUCAUGGCAGUUUUGAAACUUGAAAAGGAGGUAAUAUGAAUGUGUUUCCGUGUAAGUUGCAACAUGAUCUGAAAUUGUAAAUAUAUUAAGAAAAUAUUAGAAUCUUGGUCUCUUUUUGUAUGGCAUAAUUCUUCCAUUGUAAUUCUAUUAUUCUUAAUUGCAUCAUAUAUAAUUUUGGAUCAUUAGCAAAUUCUGUUUAGCUUUAAAACUUGAUAUAUUAAGGUUCUAGUUAAUGCCUUAAUCGUCAAGACUUAUCA